CCUUAUUAUUAUUGAUCUUGAUUCAAAGGGGCUUUAGAAUUUUAUGUAUUAGCAAAAUGGCAAAAUGUAAUAACUCAAAUAAAAUCCACUCCACCAAUAUAUAUAUAAAUUUGAAGGUGGUGAUUGGAUGGUAAAAUAAAUUGAAAAAUGAGGAACUCAUUGUUUAUAAUGAUUUUGUUGAUGAUGGUAGGAAUGGUGGCGGUGAAUAGUGCGCAACCAGUUCGCCCGACGAAAGCACAAUGCAGCGACGAGAGGAGGGACGGAUUCAGUGCAUGCAAGUUCACCCUAAUUUACAGGUUGCCGCCUUCGGCCAAGUGUUGUAGGCGAAUCAGAGAAACUCAUACCGAAUGCGUUUGCCCUUUGAUCACGCCAAAAGUCGCGUUUCUGAUCAACGUCAAUUGGGCAUUAAAAACAAUUAGAAAGUGUGGGAGAGAAGUCCCGCGCAAUUUCAAAUGUGGAAGUAUUACCACACCGCCAAUAUAAUAGAGCAAUCUCUUCA